AUGAGUUUCCAUUCAAUGCCCGUAGUGCUUGCUGAGCAUCUCACGCUCUAUUGCCAGCCCCAAGACCUCUCGCGCCUAUCUCGCGUCAACCACGCGUUUCACGCCAUCUUCAACCCAGUCCUCUACAAGCGCAACGCCGCUGCCACUGGCCUACCGCCCUGCUAUCCAUGGACCCACGAACAUGAUCCAAAGGAUUGCUGGACAUGUCCCGUCGACAAGGCCUUCAGGUCAUGUCUUCAUUGGGCUGUAUAUCACGAUUCACUGUCUACGAUCAAGCUGGGUGUAGCUUAUGGCUCCGAUGUCAACAAGAUCAACGACGUGGCUGAUUUUAUCCCUUAUGAGGAAGACCCUGAGUCUACUCCCAUUUGUGGGCCUAUCAAACGGGCCACCCAUGAGAUCUUACAAUUGUUACUGGAGCGAGACGUUAUUUACUCUGUAAUAUGUGAUGAGGGCAAUAUCCCUGGGCUUCAUUGCGCCGUUGCCGAAGGCUCUCUUCCUGCGAUUGAUGCCUUCAUCCAGCAUAAAUGCUCCCGCCCUACUGAUCGAGAUGCCGCGGGCCAGACACCGCUUCAUUGGGUUGAACAUUGCGAGGACCAGGACUUAGUCUGUGCGAUUAUCGAGAGGCUAGCCCAGUGGGGUGUUCCUCUGGAUGCGGAAGUUGAAUCUCAGUGGGGAGAUUGGCACGGCGGCAAAGCUCUGAACAUGCUCAUCGGGAGGAGAAAGUUUGAGCCUGCCCUUAAACUACUGCAGCUUGGAGCCGAUCCGACAGUAGAGCAGGACGAAGAUUGGGGCCUACAGCUGUUGAGCCACUGCAUCGACGGCCGUGACAAAGAAUACAUACCCAUUUGUUCGCCAGAACUCGCGGAGAGGAACAGGGAGGCUGGGUUGGAGUUACUGAGUCUCCUGAUCCAAAAAGGAAUUGAUCCAGGCAAGCCCCGUAAAGUGGACAGACCACAUGAUCUAGAUUAUUUCGAGGACUCAAGACCACUGCUAUCAGCGCUCCUAACGUCUGACGCACGGUGCAUACAAAUCCUUUUCGAUGCCGGAGGAAUGGCCCGCGAAUCCAUUUAUAAGAACAACCAUGAUAACAUCCUCGGAGACUUUGUGGAAAUGAUGGUGGAUGCUGUUGAGGAGGGUAUAUCUCUUAGGGAAAUGAAAGAUGAAGUUGAAUCGCGCAAAGAGUCAGUUUGUCUGCUCCUCAACGGAGGGGCUCGAAUAGACUCGAGGGACGAUGAAUCCUCGGCGUUGAGUAAAGCGUGUGAGAUUGAGCAAGGGUUCGGGAUACUUGACUUUCUGGCUGAGAAUGCGACUUGUAGGAAUGCGGAGGUGGAAUAUGUCGUUGGUCUGAGAGAUAUGUAUAAGCGGGAUGAGAUUGUAUGGGAGAAGCUGGAUCGGUUCUAUCAGAAGUUGCUGGCUGAGAAGAAUGAGCGAGAAGGAAUCCAAGACGUUGAGAAAUCUGGAAGAAAGAACGACAGCUAUAUGCCCAAUCGAUCUUGGAUCUGUUCUACAGAAGAGUUGUAA